CUUUUCUUUUAUGUUACUUAGUUUAUCUCAUCUCAUCGUCAUCGUCAUCACUCUUUCUUCUUUCCCUUCCUCUUCUUUGUUCCACUCCUCACUGUCGGUGGAAUUCCCAACACCCCACAUUUCUAAUUUAAUUCAUAUUUCCCCUGUUUUCCUCUGGCUCAGCUCUCUGUUUUUUCCACAGUUGAGAGUUUUUGUUUUUGUUUUCCUUCUUUGUUCUCUGCUUUGGUGAUCCAUGCACAGUUUUAAACUACUACUCCACUCAUCAUCAAAGGUGUUUUAAACUGAAAGCUUUGAGUUGUUGAGACUGGGACUGGUGAAAUAAUGGAGCACAAAACCUGGCUUUGGAGGAAAAAAUCAACAGAGAAAAUCAUUCUUCCAACUGAAAAACUAAACCUCUCCCAGAAAGACAAUGAAGAAGAGAUACAGAUUCUUGUGGCUGAUAAAGGAGAAUUGGAGAAUGAGCUGCGAAUUUUAAAUAACAAGCUUUCUUCUGCACUUUCUCACUGUAAUACCAAAGAUGAACUUGUGAAGAAACAUGAAAAGAUGGCAUUGGAAGCUGUUGCAGCAAGGAAGAAGGCGGAAGCAGAAGCAGUUUCUCUGAAGCAAGAACUAGGUGAAGCUUUGCAGCAGAGAGUUGCAUGUGAAGAAAGGCUAACUCAUUUAGAUACGGCCCUCAAGGAAUACAUUCAGCAACUACGCUUUGUUCGAGAAGAGCAGGAACAAAGGAUUCAUGAUGCUGUGAUGAAGGCCUCAAAUGAGUUUGAGAAAUCGCAGAAGAUUUUAGAGGAGCAGUUGGCAGAGACUAGCAAAAUGCUUACCAAAUUAGAUAUCGAGAAUACUAAGCUUACUAAAGCUCUCUUGGCAAAGGAAAAGGCCAUCGAUGAUUUAAACAAGCAAAGGGCUCAGAUGGAGACAGAUUUUAAUGGACUAAUGACAAGAUUAGAAUCCACAGAGAAAGAUAAUGCUUCUCUGAAAUAUGAGGUUCGAGUGCUUGAGAAGGAACUUGAGAUCAGGAAUGAGGAGAGAGAAUUCAAUCGUCGAACAGCUGAUGCAUCACACAAACAACAUUUAGAAAGUGUGAAGAAAAUUGCUAAGCUAGAAUCAGAAUGUCAAAGGCUGCGUCUCUUAGUCCGGAAAAGAUUGCCAGGUCCUGCUGCAUUGGCCAAGAUGAAAAAUGAAGUUGAAAUGCUGGGAAGGGACUCUGUUGAAAUGAGGAGAAAGUUGAAUCCUGGUCACACUGGUGCAGGGCUCGAUUUCACAGUUGACAAUUAUUCAGACAGCCCGAGCAAGAGGAUUAACAUCCUAACUGAGCAGUUAUGUGCUAUAGAAGAAGAAAAUAAGGCUCUCAAGGAAGCCCUUAAUAAGAAAACGAAUGAACUUCAAUUCUCAAGAGUCAUGUAUGCACGCACAGCUUCCAAAUUAUCGGAGGUUGAGUCACAGCUUGAAGAAUCAUCAAAAAGUCAGGCAAACAAUGAAUCAACCAGGAACAGUAUAAUGUCACAUGAGAUCUCUCUGGCAUCAGUGUCUGAUGUUGGCAGCGAUGAUAAAGCCAGCUGUGCAGAAUCCUGGGCUUCUGCUUUAAUUUCAGAACUGGAGCAUUUCAGGAAUGGACAAUUAAGGAAGUCGUCAUCACGCAAAGCUGUUGGAUCUUCAGAAAUAAAUCUGAUGGAUGACUUUGUUGAAAUGGAAAAAUUAGCUUUAGUCUCUGUUGAUAAACUGUCUGGAAGUUCUCAUGUUUCUUCGGAUGAAGCUAAUGGGACCCUUGGACCCUUGCAAACUGGGUUAGGUGGAAAUUCCUUGGAGGUAAUGUGCACGGAGAUAGUACCUGUUCCUGACAGUCAGCCUGACCAAAACAUGUUGCAUAAUGAAAUGAAGUCCAAAAGUCCAUUGCCUAGCAAAGUUCCUAGUUGGCUUCAGAAUAUACUGAAAGUGAUCUUAGAGCAAAACCGUGCAACUCAAAGAAACCCAGAUGAAAUACUUGAGGAUAUUAGAAAAGCUUUGGCCUGCAUUAGCCAUUCAAACGCUGGUGAAAUCCUUGAUGAAAGGGUUAAUCCCUCUUGUAUUAGUGGCUAUAUCUCAUGGAAACCUUCAAAUGGUUCUUCAAAGAUGGAUUCAUCUAAUAGGGAUGCUGAUGCUAACAUCUGCUUGGAAAAGAAGAGCAAUCGGCAGUUUCACCCUGAUUGGAGUAAAUCAAUUUGCAGGAUAAUUGAGCUUAUUGAAGGGAUCGGCUUACCAUCAGCGGAUUAUAAUAUCCCAGAUACCUUGUCCAAGAAGGAGAGGAAUUCAUUCUCAUACAAGCACUCAGAAACACCCUCAGGCUACAUGGUUCGUGUUUUCCAAUGGAAAACUUCCGAACUCAGUGAUGUUUUACGGCAAUUUGUGCAUGCUUGUUAUGACCUGUUGAACGGAAAGACAGACCUCAACAAAUUUACCCAAGAAUUAACUUCUGCUCUGGACUGGAUCAUUAAUCAUUGCUUUUCCCUUCAAGACACUUCAAGCAUGAGAGAUGCAAUUAAGAAGCAUUUUGACUGGGAUGAAUCACGAAGUGAAAGUGAAGCAGAAAGUGGAAUAGUUGGUCAAUUUGCAGAGGCAGAUAAAUUUCACCUUGCUGCUCCAUAUGACAAUAAUAAUUUCCUUCAAAAAGAAGAGCCUAAUGUGAGAGAAGAAAAUAGAAAACUAAGAGAUGAGUUGAUCAAUAUAGAAGCUGCAAAGAAACAUCUGGAAGAUAAGCUCCAGUCAACAACAAAUAGGAGUGACUCUCUGUUGAAUCAACUUGAGAAAUCCGAAAAAACCAUUGCAAAUUUGGAGGCAGAGUUAGAUACUUUGAGAAAAACUGAGGAAAUGGCUGAAAAUCAAGUUGAAAAACAGAAGUUGAUAAAUGAAAACCAUGAUAAACAGCUUUCCUUGACCAAAGUUGACACAAGCGAAGCUUGUCAAAAAUUUCCAUCUCAAGACCUGGAAUCAGAGAAUAAAAAUGAUUGCCGUGAAGAAUUGGAGGCCACGUGUCUUGACAGUGUGGCAGAAAAGGAAACACCAAAGUCUGAAGUCAAGCUGGAAGGAAAUCAGUUACCAGCUAACUGGGAAAUUACAGCUGCUUCAGAAAAGUUGGCUGAGUGCCAAGAAACUAUUUUAAACUUGGGAAAGCAGUUGAAGGCGUUGGCAUCUCCAAAGGAAGCAGCCCUUUUUGACAAGGUCAUCUCCACUCCAACUUCCACUACCAUUCCAACUCCUCCAAUGAAGAAGUUGAUCAGCCAAAGAUCCUCUCUACUUGAUCAGAUGAUAGCUGAAGAUAAUGCUGAAACAAAUAAUCUUGAGUCUUCUAAGGCCAAAGAGAAGGGCAAUCCCAGUUCUUCUUUCAUUUCUAACAGGAUGAUAGCACCUCUAGACAAUGCUGCAGUUAAAUCUUUAGCAAUUGUUCCUAGCAAAAACCAAGGUGGGAGUUUAUGGAAAAAGUUGUUGUGGAGAAAAACUAAAAGUAAUAGCAAGAAAACACCCCUUCCAUUUGACCCAUAGACAUUGAAACAAAGAAGAAAGUGGUGACGAGGCAGGGCUUUCGCACAGUUGUCAUGGUUGUUGCUUUUUGUUUUACUUUCUUGUUUGAGUUCGAAUGAAUAAAAGACUGGCUUUUGGAUGCUCGCUUGAGAGUAUCUUGUUUGUAGUCCUGGUGCAUAUACGACAGAAACCCGGUCAAAGCCAAGAAUUUAUCGGGUUUGCUAUUUUACAGAUUCAUUCUGAGUGCCCUGAUUUUCUACAGAAUAGUUAAACAUUUGAAUUAAGCAUGUCCUUAUUAAUAAUUACAGAACAACUUAAAAAUGUGUUGUUUUCCCAGAAUUUAGUGAAUUAAAAGAAAAAUCGUGAUGACCAUUAAUCA